AUGGCCUCUUUGGCAGCUGCUUUUGCAGCCAACGAGGAUUUCUCCCUGUAUACCAUCGCCAAUCAUGACCAUAUUACUCGUCUUCCCAUCGAAGUCAAGGCCCAUGUCAUCCAACACCUAUCUAUCGGUGACCUUGGACGCUUGGCUCAAACUUCUGCUUUCUUUAAAGACUCAAUCACCCCCAUCAUGUACAAGAGAGACAACAAAGAGGAGUGUCCACGCGCUAUAUUUUGGGCAGCAUCGGUCGACCCUGCUGGGGUCUACAACGAGGAUGUUAUGACAGUCUUGGACCUUGUUAUCAGAUAUGGCGGUGACCUAAACAAAACAUAUGGCUCAGGAGCGCCUCGAUCUUUCCACGCUACUCCUCUUCAUCUGGCUGCUGCUCGCGGCAACCUAGACGUCGUCAAAAAGCUCUUGAACUACGGGGCCGAUCCCAACGCUCUCGGACAGGGAUUUCUCUACAAAAUGAAGCCGUCUCUUGACCAUGGGAAAAUGCGCUCUGCCCAUGAGGCAGGCAACAUCAAUAUUCUACACAUACUCGCAUCUCAGAAAGACCGAGAGUAUAGAGAUCCUACUGGUCUAUCCUAUUUCAGAAGAUACUCCAACCUCGUUAACGCGCCCGUUCCAAGAGGAGCGGCCCCUUUGUCCAUGGCAAUGCGCCAUAGCAACUUCAAUUUGAUCAGAGACAUAAUUGCAAACGGCGGCGACAUUGAAGCAGUGAGCGAGGUAGGAACUACUCCGUUGAUACAGGCCAUCACAUGCUUCAACAAGGGAAAAACGCGGGAAAUACGAAAGGAAUACAUGGAACUCAUCCACUACCUAGUCAAGUCCUGCAAUGCCGGCGUCGGCAGGCAUUCAGAUGCCAGAGUGUUGCAGACGCCAUUGACUUGCGCUGCCAUGGGCUUCACCAACGAUCUCCAGUACAUCACUUGGAAGAAUGGGAUCAAAGAUAUAUCGUCAAUCAUCAACCUCUUACUUGAUCAUGGAGCCGACGUCAACGAAAGAUCUGACCAGGGAUGUUCCCUACUCGGCGCUCUU